UUAAUUAAUUGCGCAUUUAACGUUGUUGGUUAAUUAGCUGUUUUGAUAUUUUAGGUUUGCGCUUACAUGACAAGUUUGAAGGCUUCGGCCGUCGAAUGAGCUGCAGAAAUAACAGAUGACAAAAGAAGAAUAGACAUGGAACAGCUGUCUCCACGUCCAAGUACUGCUACAUUGGAGAAGGGUGUGCCUGAUAUACGUCUGAAGAACGAUGCAGACCUCAGUAAAAUUUAUGUAUAUGGGACAAAAUUGGGUCAAGGUGGCUUUGGAGCUGUUUAUGAAGCCACACACAUUGAGACACAGACAAAAUGGGCUAUUAAGGAGGUUUGCAAACCAGCGCCAGGAAGUUCGAAGGUUAAAAUGGUGGAAAAUGAAAUCAACUGUCUCAGUCAAAUUAAUCAUGCCCAUGUGAUACACCUUGAGGCAGUCUACACCACAAACAAGAGGAUUUGUUUGGUUAGUGAGCUGUGCAAAGGAGGUGACCUGAGGCAACUGCUAGAUAAAAAAAAAUUCUUCACAGAGGAUGAGACGAGAAAAAUAAUCUUCUGCUUAGCUGAUGCUGUUGCUUACCUUCAUAAAAGAGAUAUUGUGCACCGGGACUUGAAACUUGAGAACAUUCUUCUGAAAAAUUCUCUUGAUGAAGAUGAUGGCACUUUUGAUAUCAAGGUAGCAGACUUUGGACUGUCUGUGAAGACAGGUGGUGUAGGGAUUAAUAACAUAAGGACCGACGCUUGCGGGACUCUCAUCUAUAUGGCACCUGAAAUGAUGAGUGGUCGUGGUUACAGCCACUGGUGUGAUGUGUGGAGCAUAGGAGUCAUCAUGUUUAUGCUGCUGUGUGGAGAACCUCCAUUUGUGUGUAAAACAAAGAAUAAGCUGCUAGAUAAAAUUAUGAAUAAACAAGUUGAAUUUACACAACCCAUCUGGGCCAAAGUCAGUGAUGCAGCAAAGUAUCUGUUAACUUGCCUUCUGAAGGCAGAGCCUGCCGACCGUAUGUCUGUUCAACAGCUGCUAGAAAACCCUUGGAUUACAGGGGAUACCAGUGUGCUUUGUGUACAGACCAGUGUCCUGGAGAUGAUGUGUGACUACCUGGAGCAUGAAGAAAGUAAUUGA